AUGUCGUUGCCAGGAAUGAUGCAACCACCGAUAAUUCUCCUCAGAGAUGGCACAGACAGCUCACAGGGAAAAGGACAGCUGCUGUCUAAUAUUGGCGCUUGUUUGGCUGUUGUCGACUGUGUGGCUUCCACUCUCGGUCCACGUGGCAUGGAUAAGCUGAUAGUCAGCAACAGAGGCGAGGCUACAAUCUCCAACGACGGUGCAACGAUCCUCAAGCUGCUUGAGAUUGUCCACCCAGCUGCUAAAUCACUCGUUGACAUCGCCCGCGCUCAAGAUGCUGAGGUUGGUGAUGGAACUACUUCAGUUACCCUCUUGGCCGGUGAAAUGCUCCGAGAGUGCAAGUCAUUCAUUGAAGACGGCGUUAAUCCUUAUAUUAUCAUGAAGGGCUAUAGAAAAGCAACUCAAGUCGCCCUCGAUGAGAUAAAGAAGCUGGGAAUCCCAAUCGAUAAAUCUGAUCCAACUCAAUUUAGACAGCAUCUCCUUAAGUGCGCUGCUACCAGUAUGUCUUCUAAACUUAUCCAGAACUACAAACCCUUCUUCACCAAUAUGGCUGUCGAUGCCGUCAUGUGUCUUAACCAGGACGACCUCAACCAAGACUACAUCGGUGUUAAGAAGGUUCCUGGUGGUGGUAUGCAGGACUCUUUACUCGUUAAAGGUGUCGCCUUCAAGAAAACUUUCAGUUACGCAGGUUUCGAACAACAGCCAAAAUCCUUCACUAACCCAACCAUUCUCUGUCUCAACGUGGAGCUCGAACUUAAGGCUGAGAAGGACAAUGCUGAGGUGAGAGUGGAGGAUGUGAGCGAGUAUCAAAAGAUUGUCGAUGCUGAAUGGGACAUUAUCUACAAGAAACUGGAAGCAAUCGUCAACACAGGUGCAAAGGUCGUAUUAUCAAAACUCCCAAUUGGUGAUCUUGCAACGCAGUAUUUCGCAGACAGGGAUAUUUUCUGUGCUGGUAGAGUAGCUGCAGACGACAUGAAGCGCGUCACUCAAGCACUCGGUGGAUCAGUCCAGUCGACAGUCUCAGAUAUUGACACAAACAAACACCUCGGCAGUUGUGGUCGCUUUGAAGAGCGUCAAAUUGGUUCAGACCGUUUCAACAUCUUCACUGAAUGCCCUGCUACUAAAACAUGCACUAUCAUCUUACGUGGUGGUGCUGAGCAGUUUAUUGCUGAAGUGGCAAGAUCUUUGCACGACGCAAUCAUGAUUGUUCGGAGAACCAUCAAACACAGCACUAUCGUUGGUGGUGGUGGUGCAAUUGAGAUGGAGCUGUCAAAGAGAUUAAGAGAUUACAGUAGAUCUAUUGAAGGAAAGCAACAAUUAAUUAUAGCUGCUUUCGCCAAAUCAUUAGAAGGCAUACCCCGUCAACUUUGCGAUAAUGCUGGCUUCGACGCUACUGAUAUACUCAAUAAGCUGCGCAUGCAGCAUGCAAAGAAUGAUUAUUGGGCAGGUGUCGAUAUUGAGACUGAAGGAGUCGGUAAUAGUGUAGAGCAAUUCAUUUGGGAACCUGCUCUUGUCAAGAUGAACGCUAUUGCUAGUGCAUCUGAAGCAGCCUGUUUGGUUCUCUCUGUAGAUGAAACUAUCCGUAAUCCUCAAUCUGAAGGUCAGAAUCCAGGUCCACCAAUCGAUCGCCAGACUGCUCAAUCUGCAAUGAGAGGCAGGGGCGGUAUGAGAGGUGGUAGAGGUAGAGGCAGGAGAUAG